AUGCGCAUCAGCAAAUCCGCUGCGGGAUGUCCGAGUUGUUCACGGAUUUUCUACCCAACGUUCUCUCCUGUAGCCAUAACACUGGUCUCGGAUCCAACAGAUUCGUACGCCCUUCUCAUUCGACACAAAGCCUCACCGGCUAGUCUUUAUACGGCGAUUGCUGGAUUCGCUCAGUCUGGAGAGUCUCUAGAAGAAUGCGCUCGGCGAGAAAUAGCUGAAGAAGUGGGCAUACCUGCUUACGGGGUUGUUUCUCUGAACCGAACUCAGCCAUGGCCAAUGCCGGACUCAUCUUUGAUGUGUGCUCAUUACGCCGUCGCCGAGAUGUCACAUAAGAUCGAUGCUUGUCCCGGAGAAUUGGAAUCAGCACGAUGGUUCUCAAGAGAGGAAGUUGCUGCUGCUCUUCAGCGGACCCUUAGUGACCCGGCCUUUCGAAAGAUGUGGAGGAUCGACAGAAGCUCAUGUACAUUCCUCCUCAUGGUGCAAUCGCCUCAUUACAUGAUAAAAGCAUGGGUGGAACGGCGUCUCUGUAUACAUGAGCACUUGCACAAGGAGAAUGCCGCUUCUCAACAGUGA